AUACUGCUGAACUACAGAAGGAUUCCUUGGAAGCACUGCAAUUUCAGACUGGAAGGCUGCUAUAUCUCUUGGUCCUUCUGUUGUCAAGAGUAUUUCACAGCCAACUUAAGUAGUAGCAAAUUACCUAUUGGCUCUAAAAGACUGGACUGAGUGCAUCUCAACAGCUUUUUGGAAAGUAGUUUUGAUCUUGGAAAGAUGAAGACAAUCGCUUCUGCAAUGGAGACUGGAUUGAACGUUGACAUGGAGAGCCAAUUGCAACCAUCUUCUGAAGAGACUUAUCAUUUUACAAACGUAACUGAGCUACCAGGUUUAGUGUAUUGUGGGAACUCUGAAGAAUUGCUCCAUCAGAUGACACCAGAGGAAGCAUCUCGAUUCUGGAAAGAUGGCUCAUCACUUGUGGGCACUCAAGCAUUGCAACCAACAAGCAGCCAGUCAUGGCCAGAUGCCACGAACUGUGAAAAGCUGCAAUCUAAUGAAACGGAUAGUCCUCUGAAGAGCUCAGAACCAGCAAGUUCAUCUGAAGAGGUUGUGGCGGGUAUGGAUACUGUUCCUGAGGUUGUAUCGCCCUUGUCCCUUCCACUGAAAAACAGAUGGAUGCUUCAACUCCACCUAGAGGAUGACAUUGAAGAUUACUUGGAGGGAUUUGAGUCCGUGGCCUACACCAACCGCUGGCCCAGGGCAGAGUGGGUUACUAAACUGAAGCCAUAUCUGAGCCGCAAAGCUCUUUUGGCUUGCAGCAUCUUGGAACCCAAUCUUGCUAAUGACUACGACAUGGUCAAAGAGCGCAUCCUGCAGCAAUAUGGCAUCACGACAGAAAUGCAACACCAGUGCUUCAGGCAGUUCCGAUACCAGGAAGCCAAAGGCCCCCGAGAAACCUGCCAAAUUCUCCAGGUCCUUGGACAGCGCUGGUUGAAGCCGGAAAGGCACACCAAAGAACAGAUUUUGGAGUUACUAAUACUGGAGCAGUUUCUAACCAUCCUGCCCCCAGAAAUACAAGACUGGGUCCAAGGAUGCUGUCCAGAGACUUGUGCUCAGGCUGUGGAUCUCAUUGAAAGUUUUCAGCUGGGAAAUGAGCCACCAGUGCCAUUCAAAGACAUUGAUGUGAGGUUUUCCAGUGAAGAGCAGGCCUUGCUAACUGAAGAGCAACGAGCACUGUACGAUGAUGUCACGAUGGAGAAUUUUCGGAAUGUGUCCAUUCUGGGAAUUCCACUGGAGAAACCCGAGAUAAUCACCCGGAUACAGCAAGGAAGAGAACUGUAUUUUCAGAAUAAUACCAUAAAUUCUCCAAAAGAUCGAUUUAUAGGAAACCAACUGUCACCAACUCUUAUCCAAGGGGCGGAAAAACGUUCUUUAAAGAGAGCCACAAAGACAGUUAAAAUACAAGCCAUCGCAAUGGAAGUACCUCAGGACAGUGUGAGUCUGGGGGAAACACCUGUCAAAGAGUCAUCUUCUAACUCUAUCAAAGAGGCUGCCACAUCAGUCCCCCCAACUAGUACCCUCCCCCUAAAAAAGCCAUUGAUUUCCCCAAAGCAGAAAUCUUCCAAAAAAAAGAAGCAUCAGUCACUCACAAGAGAAAAGUUGGCUUCCACAAAAGGUAGGCCUCAAUCAUUAUUGCUGCAGAAAACAUCUAGAAAACAGGAAUCAGGAAGCCAAAUUUUGACUGCCAAGGCUGGCAAACAAAAGAAGACUCUGGCUCCUCAAGGUGCUAGGCCAUCACAGCUAAAGAAGCCAACUGCAUCAGUAGGGGAGCACUCCAAACAGAAGAAAAAAUCUGAGGUUCUGAACAAACCACCCAUGCUGAACAAGGAAACCCAGUUGUGUGAAAAGAUUGUCCAGGAGAAAGAUCAUCAGCAGGCAUUUCUGGAAGUAAAAGUCCACGAAGCCCCUCUCCCGGUCACCACGUGGAAUCCUCCUUUCAGUGCCACUGUGGUCUCCGAUCUCACGUGCCCGGAUUGCGGACGGUCCUUCAAGCAGAGGUUUGACCUGCGCCAACACCGAUAUGUUCAUACCCGGGAGAAGCCAUAUGCCUGCACAUUGUGUGAAAAGUCUUUCAGGCAUCCGAGCAACUUACAUAUCCAUUUGCGGACGCAUAGCGGGGAACGACCCUAUCAGUGUCCCGAAUGCGGGAAAGCUUUUUCCCAAAGUUGCAACCUUCGGACUCAUCUCAAGAUCCAUACAGGUAACAAGCCGUACAAGUGCUUUGUCUGUGGCAAGUCCUUCUGCCAUAGCUCCAAUCUCACCAUCCAUCAGCGAGUGCACACUGGAGAACGGCCUUAUCCUUGCUCGGUCUGCUCCAAGCGUUUCAGUGACAGGUCCACCCUGGUGCAGCAUGAAAGGACCCAUACCGGCGAGAAGCCCUAUCCUUGUUCAGUCUGUGGACAGAGGUUCAGCCAGAUAUCUCACCUCAUGAAGCAUGGCCGCAUGCAUCCAGAUACCGCUGACCCAGCAGGGCCCACUGAAGACCCAUCUUCCAACACUUCCGAGGAGGUCUUUAUGCCACCUGAUGGACAAGCCUCUUUCCGAAUGAAGGGUGAAAAUCCACCCUCAUCGGGUGAGAAUCUUGCCUGGAUUUCAAAAACAUGGGCUUCUUCUUCCAAGGCUAACGGUCAGCAGAAUUGCACCGCUACAUAGAGGUGGCUGGGCAUCCUGGGAAGCCAAAAGAGAAACCAAGGCUUGCGAUGGGCAAAAGAAAUGGCUGGCAGAGAAAUAGUAACAGAAAACAUAGGAAGGGAUGAGAGACUUGUUAAGGCUGCAGGCCUCCCUUGCAAUCGAUUGUAAAUUGCUAGGCUUCAUUAUCACAUUCAGAGGAGCAUCUGAAAAAAAAAAUAGUCUGGGUAUGGUAUACAGUUUAUAAAAAAAACCCCAAAUAUUUUCACAACGUUCUUUUUCUUUAGCAUUUUUUCUUUUAAAACAAAUAUUUCUCAUUCCUAAAUAUUUGACUAGCCUUUUUUGCUGCCAUCAUCUCCAGGGAUUAACACUGCAUGUGGAAACAGACAACAGGUGGAAAACUCAAGGCAUCGUUGCUCCCUUAGUUAUUAUCACAAAAACGGCAAGAAAAAGCUUCUUGUAAGAUGUAAGGAAAGUGCAUUGUGUUUGCAAACCAGUAAUAUUCAGUAGCUGCUCCUGAGUUAGAGCAAAUGAGAAAAAGAAAUGAGGAGAGAGACUCGUGGAGUCAAAGAAGAGCUACCUGAAGACAGAGCCAAGAUACUUUUGAUACCUGUUAAAGGUUUUGUAAAGCCAGCAUAUUUUUUAUUUUUCCUACCUCUGGAAUUGCAGGGCAUCUUCUACACCAGGAUUUCCCAACCUUGACAAGUUCAAGACACAUAGACUUCAACUUUCAAAAUUUCCCAGACAGACAGAC